ACCACCACCAUCCCCUCACAUCUCGUUGCCCCCAUCUCCUUACACAAACACAAACUUCUUUGUUCCUCUCUUAAGAAAUAAUGGUGAUGGACUCGGGGUUGGCUGAGACAAAAAGAGAAGAAGACGAGGGCAAGUUUGUGAAAGGGGUAAGACAUCUUUGCGAGAGUGGCAUAACUAAGGUCCCUCACAAGUACAUAUUACCGGUCCCCGAGCGACCUGAGCCUAGAGAAGAGAUGAUUUCCAAUCCGAAACUCAAAUUGCCUAUCAUUGAUCUUGCUCUGUUAGAUACUCCGGACAGAAGUCAAGUUCUUCAAACAAUGGCGAAUUCUUGCGUGGAGUAUGGCUUCUUUCAGGUAGUGAACCAUGGCAUUGAUAGAGAGCUUAUCUCGAGAAUGGUCGACGUCGGGAAGAGAUUCUUCGAACUUCCUUUGGAGGAGACGGAGAAAUAUAUGUCCAGUGAUAUAAGAGCUCCGGUGAGAUAUGGGACGAGCCUUAACCAACUAAAAGACGGUGUGUUAUUUUGGAGAGAUUUUCUCAAGCUCAUUUGUCAUCCUUUAGAGAAUGUUCUUCAACAAUGGCCUACUUCUCCCAUGGACUUGAGGGAGGUGGCAGCUUCAUAUGCAAAGCAAACCAAAUCGCUCUUCCUCAUCCUGAUGUCUUUAAUCCUGGAGAACCUUGGAAUCGACGACAACCGCAAACACGAUGACGACUUUGAUGACGGGACACACAUGAUGGUCCUAAACUGCUAUCCUGCAUGCCCGGAGCCGGACCUGACGUUCCUGACGCUCCUCCUCCAGCAAGAUGCGGUUCACGGCCUCCAAGUUCAGUGCAAGGGAGAGUGGGUCACCGUCGAGCCUGUGCCCGGGUCAAUUGUUGUUAACGUUGGUGAUCACCUUGAGAUAUUCAGCAACGGGAAGUACAAGAGCGUCCUACACAGAGUCCUGGUCAACUCUUCAAGGUCAAGAAUCUCCGUCGCCUCGCUCCACAGCCUCCCUUAUGAUACAAUGGUCAGCCCAUUGCCGGAGCUGGUCAACGACAAGAACCCCAAGCUCUACAAAGACACGGACUUCGCCUCCUUCUUGAAUUUCAUUUCCUCCAGCGAGACCAAGCACAAGAAUUUCCUAGAGACAAGAAAGUUGAAGAACGAGACAAAGUAAUGAAAGUCAACGCUUCUUUUGACUUCGAAUUUUGGGGCUCUUGUACGGUUGCUAAGUGAUCAACCAUCGAGUAGUGGACGUAUCUAGUAAGUAGGUAGAAAAUUAGUACAUAUUGGAGAUAUAUAAGUAAAGGGAUAUAUAGUCCACAAGUGUAUUGAACUAUGCGGUUCUCUGCAUCCUUUGUCCAUUAUUCUUUUGUCUC